AUGAAGCUAGCUCAUAUGCUUCAUCACCUCAAACUCGGCGCCGAUGAUACCCAAACCAACAUUGAGAGGCAGCAGAGCGAACGCCAGCAAGAUGCCAUACUGGAUGAAGAAACAAAAGAAGACAGUCUGUGUCUCAAUGAAGAACCUUGCAGUGUUGUCGACGAUUCAAGUGGAUCUGUGGAUCACGCUGCGCUUGAUUCUGACGCGGAAGACGACGAGGGGACUGCAUGGAAUGACCACGAACUGUCGGAUGACUAUGACUUGGAUGACGGCCUCGAUGAAGACGGGCCACCUCAACCAGACCUACUCUUUGAUGAUUCGCUGUUGGAUUUAGCGGGAGGAGUUGAACAACUGGCAUCGGGUAACAUGUCGAACGAUCUCUGCAGGGGCAUGGCAAAGACUGGUUGGCAUCCGUUAGAGAAACAGACGCCCUAUGAGUAUUUAAUAGAGCCUUAUGAACCUCGGCCUGCUUCUGCAAUGCCAGACGACUACCCACACUUGUAUGACGGACCGUAUGGACCUACGGAGGGAGCCUUGCGGGCCGUAGGCACAACGUUAGGCGCAUACUUGGUUUUUUGCCCAACCUACGCUUUGGGACGAUAUUGCCAAAGCAAGCAAUGCCUAUUUCGCGGAGAAGAUUCAAGAAAGAUAGGAAGGCCAAUACAACAAGCAAGUGGCACGGGCGUUGAAACCCUCAACGUUUUGGCCCAAGGAGCGUGGGUAAAUUCGACUGGAACUAGAGAGGACUGCGGAUGUGACCUGUGCGUAUUUAUGGGGCUGCUGGCGGCUCGCACGAUUCCCCCCAAACAAAGAAAAGCUCGAACAUCGCUGGAAAACGGCGGACGAAGGUCCCACGGUGCUGUUUCGGGCUGUUCAUGGUGCGGGAUCGGUUGA